CGGUGAUUGGCCCGCGGUGGACGGGGUUCGAUUAUCCUCCACAGCCGAGAUGAAUUCACGGGCAUUUCUGGACAAACAAAGUCAAUCCUAAUAACGCGCGCAAUGAACGGUUGUUUUGCCAGCCUCGCAGUCGCCCAAUGCAGCUAGCCCCAACCCAAAAUGCUGGCCGUUUAGUACUUUCCUAGUUGGCUCAACGCCAGCCCUGGACGGCGCUGCCCCGAAGUCGCUCGCUCCUUUUUCUUUCUUUUUGCCCCCCUCAGUUUCGCUGGAUUCUUCUUCUUCUUCUUCCCAUCCCAGUCUAUCGUUUAUUUAUUCCUGCCAUUCUGCGCAGAGUCCGUUCUUUCUGUUGCGAUAUCACCUCCAUUCAUUCCGAAGUCUCUCCUUGAUCCUUUCGGCUUACUACUUUAUAUACCCCACGUCUUGUGCCUGACGAUCCCUGCUAUUUUCACGCCUUCUUCAAAGAUCCGAUUAUCAUCGCUACUACAGUCAAUAUGCGUUCAGCCAUCUACAUGUCUCUCAGCGCCUUCGCGGCUGUUGUUGCUGCUGCCUCCUCCAACCCUUUCAACAACCCUGCGGGUGGCUACUCCUUCAAGGCCGGAUCUCCUACCACCAUCACCUGGGAUCCCACCACCAGCGGCACUGUUUCGCUGAAGCUUCAAUGGGGCAAUGCGUUGACUCCGGACUCUGGAAGUGAAAUCGCCUCGGAAAUUGACAACUCGGGAAGCUACUCGUGGACCCCCGAGUCCAGCCUGGCUGAUCGCGACGAUUACACUGUUGAGAUCAUCUCCGACGAUGACAGCAGCGAGGUCAACUAUCUCCCCCGUUUCUCUGUCUCUGGUGUCACUGGCUCUGCUAGCACCACCGAGGCCGCUUCCACCACUACUGGCACUGCCUCGUCCUCGACUACCUCUGAUGCCACUACCACUGAUGCUACCACCACCACUGGAGCCACCACUGGAACCACCACCGGAACUGCUUCGACCACCUUGACUACCCAGACUAGCACCAGCACUGAUUCCACAACCUCUGGCUCGUCUUCUUCUCCUAGCCCGACCUCUUCCGGCUCGUCCACUGCCUCGAGUUCUGCUGCUGCCACCACCUCCGGUGCCUCUAGCACCUCUGAUGCCAGCAGCACCACCGAUGCUUCGAGCACCAGCUCUCCCAGCGCCUCGGCUUCCACUGUCCCAGACACCAACUCUGGCAUGAUCAACCGGGUUUCUGGUGGCAUGAUGGCCAUCGUCCUGGGCGCUGCUUUCUUCCUGUAAGGGUCUACAAGCACUGUUGGAUUGACGAGGUUUUUUCCUUUUUUGGUAUAUAGCUUUUUCUUCUUGGACUGCCUGAAAUAGGGCAUGUUUUUAUUACGUGGAUAUCAUCUUCUCGGCCGCUGAAAAGACUUUUAACGAGGCUGUCUUUUUCUUUUUUACCUUGGACAAAGCUUUCGCUUGUACCAUAUUUUAUAUUGAUUCUUGGGACGGGUUAUUCCACUUGAUGUCAAGUGUAUAUAGUCAUGUGCUGUAAUAAUGAGGCCGUGUCGUAAGGACUGGGGCAUAUGGAAUUGAACUUACUGAAGCGACAUUGAGAUUGUCCGUGCUAUCGUGGAAAAUCCCCGUAGGAGAUAAGUGAGAUAACUAGACAACGCUAUGGCAUCGCAAGGGACCGGAUAUACCGGCCUGCGAUAGCGUAUUGUCACAAUACCGUACGGGGUAUUUGCCCUUACAGUGGACAGGCGCAGCCAAUAGGAUCUGAG